GCCAUUGUUGCAAGGUUUUUCCCCAUUGCCGUUCAUUAUCCAACGGUUACUUUGGACUGGAAAAGGUCUAGCGAUAAAUAGAUUUUGGACCUCGUUUCAUUUGUCCACCCUCUUGCCGACCAUUAUGCAGGGGACGCGGUACUCGCCCUAUUCCAAUGUCCCAGCGGGAAGUUCCCGAGGUCGAGGUCGAGGCCGUGGUGCUUAUUUUAAAGAAAAGUAUGGGGGAGGUCGCUCAAGAGAAUUGAGAGAAGAACGCUCUGGCCGGGACACUCCACCUACCGAAGUUAUGAAUAACUCAGAAGGCAAUUGUCCAGUCCGCACAAUGCGCGAACUUGCAUCAUACUUGAUAUCUAUUGACCGCGGGUCAUAUGGCCAGUACAAGGGUAUCAAAGGGUAUUUCGCAUUUGAUGAUGGCAUGCAGUUAUUUGUCGACAAUGUCCAAUCUGAUCCCUUCGCACCGCCGUCCAAGUUCCGAGUCCGCAUUCCCCAAGAGUCUGCCAGGUUCCCAGCAGACCUCUUCCGCACUCCUGUCCGCCGCGUCGCUUUGGAAGACUACAUCACACGACAAAUAUCAACCCAUGUUCGUAGUAACAAACUGCACACUCCCAGUAAUGCAGGUGGAGGCGGGUGGCAUGGACCAAAAGGUGCUGAUAUCAAUAUCGACACACCCGGACAACAAGUCCUUGAGCGCACAUCCUUGUCCAUUACACCUGCAUUUGUAGAAGCUCGCCUAACCAUCGGCCUUCCUGCGCAAGGACGUAGUAUUUUGGGUAGACAAGCAUGUACGCUUCUAACGGAGGUCCUGCCAUCGCUUGCCGCCCAAACCAUGCGCUAUGCUGCUCUAGACGAGCAGGAGCUCCGCCAGUUUGUGGAAAGCGUGGAAGACCAACAUACUCUGAGACAAUUAGUCAAAGAUGCUGGUUUGGUAUCUUUUGUGAGAAAUGGGGCGAUUCUUCCACGGGAAAGUGGUGCGUCUGAUCGCCCCAUGCGGGGUGCAGACGUGAUUCCGUUUGUGUCGCCCGAUUCACUCCGAAGAGUGUUUACAUUACCAAAUAGAGGCGUUGUAGAAGGGAUGGGAGUUCCUCGGGGAAUUACACUUAUCGUUGGUGGAGGUUUUCAUGGAAAGUCCACACUGCUUGAUGCGCUCCAAGUAGGCAUAUACAAUCACAUUCCGGGCGACGGCCGUGAGUUUGUGGUCACUGAUGAAUCAGUCAUGAAGAUCCGUGCGGAGGAUGGGAGAAGCGUUACAUCCGUGGACAUUUCCCCUUUUAUAAACAACUUACCGUUUGAGAAGGACACUACCCACUUUUCUACUCCCGACGCCUCUGGUUCAACAAGUAUGGCAGCCAACAUGCAGGAAGCUCUGGAGAUUGGCUGCCGGGGGUUCCUUUUUGAUGAGGACACCUGCGCGACCAAUUUCCUUAUUCGGGAUCGGCGGAUGGAGCUACUAGUUAGUAAAGAGAAUGAGCCAAUCACCCCGCUGAUCAGCAAGAUUCGAUCCUUAUACACCGAGAAGGGAUGUUCUUCUAUACUGGUUGUGGGUGGAUGUGGAAGUUAUCUUGAUGUGGCUGAUGUCGUGAUCUCAAUGGAGAGUUACGUCCCAAGAGAUGUGACACGUAAAGCAAAGAAGAUUGCUGCUGAUUUGCCUGUGGCUCUGGAGAAUGGAGAUCUUCCCUAUGGGCCAAUCACCGAUCGUAUCAUCGUACCUAAAUCACACGCCAACAAUGUACCCGUUCAGCACGAUUGGCACUCUGAAAAAGGUGCAUCCGAAGACUCGCCACUUCCACAGCAACGGCGAUCCGGCAAAUCAAAAGCAAUCCACACUUUUUUGAUCAGUCUCGACGGAGUUGACGUGAAUCUUUCUGCCCUUGAACAACUGGCGCACCCUUCACAAGCACGGUGUAUCGUUGAUGCUGCUCUAUACGUACGGGAUAAGAUGCAAGGCGAAUCGAGAUUAACUCUUAAAGAGCUGGUGGCUGCGUUAGAAAGGGAGUGGGAUGAAAAGGGUAUCGAUUGCGUACAUCCAUUCGCAUGGCCAGUUGGGAACUAUGCCCGACCAAGGGGCUUAGAGGUUGCUGGUGCUUUGAAUAGGCUGAGAGGACUUGUCGUGGAAUAGCAUUUCGAGGACGGUUUGACGAUGUAUUUUAGCUGUGGAUAUUUAAGCUGCCUACCUGUGAAUCAAAGUAAAACACCAUUCCCCGCAACGUAUGGCGAAAUCCACUGGCCACCCAGGAUAGACAGGCGUAAAUCCACGGAGAUCAUCAUUUAGGUUGUUUCGUGGUUUUUCGACAAUGAACCUGUUGGAUAACAAUUAACAGGUAUGAAUGUUUGCUAUGGAUCGCCUUUGUAGCUGUGAAUUCCAAUAUCGCUAGCAAUUUCGAAAGAAUAAUAUUCAUCAAAAAAAAAAUUAUAGG